CUAGGGGCGAUAAAUUUUUAAGCCAAGCUGUUGAAGAGGCAUAUAUUGGAGUUGAGUGUGGUGAUGGUUAUCCGUUUGGGCUGUUAUUGUUCAUAAGAACGAUAUUGUAGUGAGCUGCCACAACAUGGUUUUCAAAUACAAAGAUCCAACGGCACAUGCAGAAGUCAUAGCCAUUAGAGAGGCAUGCAAGAAACUGAAUGAAAUUAAGCUAUCGGAAUGCGAGAUUUACGCAUCAUGCGAGCCUUGUCCCAUGUGUUUUGGAGCCAUCCAUCUCUCAAGGCUCAAGAGAUUGGUGUACGAGGCGAAAGUCGAAGCAGCUUUAGCCAUUGGGUUCAAUAGGAUCUUAGCAGAUGGUGUGAGAGGCGUUGGGUGCUACCAUAACUCUAACCUAGAGAUUACAAAACUCGAUCUGAGUAUCGCCGAGCAAGUGUUUCAGAAUACAAAGGGGAAGUUCAGUUUAUCGUAA